CUUCUGGAAAUUUCUCAGCAAUUGGCUUGCCAGCUUGAGCAACUGGUGCUGAUGUAUGCUUCUUUCAGCUUUGUUUCUCUUGAAGACACAGACCCAUUCAGCAUAUCGUGUUUCUUCUGUGGGAAAUUUUGGAUGAAUGAGACUCGGCAACUUUCUAUCUUUCGAUACUGUAUCUCAGCACCAUACACAGCUGCUCAUAUUCCUCACAAUCUUUAUAAGAAGAUGCGCUGGAACCUGGACAUCUUGGAAGGUUCUGCUGCUCGGAAUCAAACACUCCGGACAGAAUACUACUUCCUAUGCUUCCGUGAUACAGGAGAUGAAACAACUGUGAAAAUGCAGAAGCUUUGGUCCAUAGGACGCUGGGUGCCUUUAGAUCCGGACAGUGAACACAGUUCUGAUGUGCUAUCCUGGUAG